CUGCAUGAGCGCAGAGCCAGAAUCUCAUAACCUUUCCAAAAGAAUCUAUCGCUGAGUUUCAGAUUGUUCCAGCAAGCGUUUGUCUCCACUCAGACAAAGUCGAGGAGCCAUGGCUGUGGCUAACUUCCAGUACAUUACCCGGAUGAGCAGUGGCUUCAAAGUCUACAUUUUAGAAGGUCAGUCUCAUCUCAGAGGUGAAGACCGGUACAGAAAUAUGACCAACGACCGAGCUCGGGCCCCGGCUGUGUUUCCGAUCAAACGCAAGCGCAAUUACGAGAGAGGCCUGACUUUGGAGGAAAGGCGAGAGCGGGCAAUAAGCAGGAGCAAGAUGGCCCAGACAUCUGGUCCGGUGCAUGCAGCCCUCAGUAACCAGCAGAGUCCAUCAUCCCCCCAGAGCCCAACACCGAGCCCUACCAGCCCUUUGCCCUCCUACGUGUACUACACACCAGUCAGUGACGAACCCCUGGCACUCAUCAAAAAACCGAGGAAAGAGCCUCAAAACUCAGAGGAAAAGAUUACAGGUUCAGCCGCCACUCAGAUCCAGAUCCGUCCAUCUGUGAUCACCUGUGUGUCCUCAGUAAAAAAACCUUCCUGUAGACCUGAGGUCCACCGAAGCCACUCCUCAGCAGAUUCCAACUAUGAUCACGUCCUUGAGGAGCAUUUCCAGAGAAGCCUGGGGGUCAACUACCCGCAAUCCCGCGCCAAGGAGCUCUCCAUCAGUGUGUCCGUGGAUGACCACUUUGCCAAGGCACUAGGAGAGGACAAGUGGCUGCAGAUCAAAUCCAAAUCCUCAUCCUGUUCUUCCACACCUCCCAGCAGUCCCAGCGUCACUCACUCUCCCACCUACAACCACAGCCCCAAUCAGUCCCACAAAGAGUCAUCACUGAUUUCCAGCCACUGGCCCCUUAACUAAAAAGGAAACGGCUCCUGAUCCGUUCUGGAAAACUGAACUUUUUUUUUAACAUUUCAGCGCAAACAGUUUCCCCUUCCAUGCAACAAGGAAGCCAGCGCUAGUGUAUAAAUCAAGCAAACAGAUGAUACAGGAAAGCAGUCAUCAUGGACUUCAACACAUACAAACCCGAUUGACAAUGAUGCAGACAAAUGUAGCAUUGAGCGGGAGAACCUUGUUUUGUUACAUUUCUACCCUCUGCCUAGCAUCUGAUACUUGAGAUACUGUAGAUGGUGAAUGGGAUGAUUGAUAAAUCAGCCAAAUAAUCCUUUACAUUUCUUUACAUUCCUGCCAUUCCUAGCAGACUGCCUGAAUGCCAUAAACUGACAUGUAUUUAUAUUCUGAAACACUUGGGUUCUUUAUAGUCUGAAUGACUUGUCUCUCUGCUGUGUACUAUUUUGCUUGUAAGUCAGAGUUUUAGAAAUACUUUUAUAAAAAAUAAAAUGAACAAAGAAUA